AUGCCUCCAGUUCAGUCCAUGCUGUGGUGGCGUAAGGCUGCGACGCUCCUGGAAGCACCAUGGCAUGAAAUGGAGGCUCCUAGAAGCAAGACGGAAGAAAAGCAGGGUCCAGAGCGGAAGAGGAUUAAAAAGGAGCCCGCCACCAGAAAGCCUGGCUUGCUCUUCGGAAUGGGCCUUUCGGGGAUCCGGGCAGGCUACCCGCUCUCCGAGCGCCAGCAAGUCGCUCUCCUUAUGCAGAUGACAGCAGAAGAGUCUGCAAACAGCCCAGUUGACACAACACCAAAGCAUCCCUCUCAGUCCACAGUUUGUCAGAAGGGAACUCCUAACUCUGCCUCCAAAACCAAAGAUAAAGUAAAUAAGAGAAACGAGCGAGGAGAGACUCGGCUGCAUCGAGCUGCCAUCCGAGGAGAUGCCCGGCGCAUCAAGGAGCUCAUUAUCGAGGGUGCAGAUGUCAAUGUGAAGGACUUUGCAGGCUGGACGGCGUUGCACGAGGCGUGCAACCGGGGUUACUACGAUGUGGCGAAGCAGUUGCUCGCUGCGGGCGCCGAAGUCAACACAAAGGGGUUGGAUGACGACACCCCCCUGCACGACGCGGCGAAUAACGGGCACUUCAAGGUGGUGAAAUUGUUGUUACAUUAUGGAGGGAAUCCUCAUCAAAGCAACAGGAAGGGCGAGACACCUUUAAAAGUAGCUAAUUCUCCCACCAUGGUGAAUCUGCUCCUGGGAAAGACCACGUACCCCUCCAGCGAAGAGAGCUCGACAGAGACCUCAGAAGAGGAGGAUGCCCCUUCCUUCGCUCCCUCCAGCUCUGUUGAUGGCAAUAACACAGACUCAGAGUUUGAGAAGGGUUUGAAGCACAAGCCCAAGGCCCAGGAGCCCCCCAAAACCAUCACCCCGGUGAAGGAUGAGUACGAAUUUGAUGAGGACGAUGAGCAGGACCGGGUCCCGCCAGUCGACGACAAACAUUUGCUGAAAAAGGAUUACAGAAAAGAGACUAAAGCAAACAGUUUCAUUUCCAUACCCAAAAUGGAAGUGAAAACUUAUACUAAAAAUAACACAAUUACACCAAAGAAAGCUGCCCACCGCAUCCUGUCGGACAGCUCGGACGAGGAGGAGACCAGCGUUGCUGUGGGGACGGGGGAGAAGCUGCGGCUGUCGACCCACUCGAUCUUGCCCAGCAGCAAGAUUCGGGAGCCCGCCAGCACGAAGGCGCAGAAGGAGAAGAGCAAAGUAAAAAAGAAGCGGAAGAAGGAGACGAAAAGCAAAGAGGUUCGGUUUGGCAAAAAAAAUGACAAAUUUUGUUCCUCUGAAUCAGAGAGUGAAAAUGUGGAGAGUGAGGAGGAUGAUAGAGACUCUCUCCAGAGCUCUAGCUGUGUAAAGGACUCCAGGCUAGUGCUAAAGGAAUCCUCCUUGUUUAACUCUCUGUCUGCCUCAUCGACCUCUUCUCAUGGGAGUUUAGCAUCCCAGAAACAUAAUCCCAGUCUCACAGAACAGCACUCCAAGCACUGGAGGACGGACAAUUGGAAAACCAUAUCUUCUCCAGCUUGGUCAGAUGUCAGUUCCUUAUCGGACUCCACCCGGACGAGACUGACGAGCGAGUCAGACUACUCGUCCGAGGACUCGAGCUUAGAGUCGCUAAAGCCAGUCAGGAAGAAACCAGAGCACAAAAAGAAAAACACCCCACACAACACUGUUUCUGAGAAAAAGAAUUCAUUCCAUAGCAAUGUGGAUGGAGCAAUUCCAAAGCUGGACAAGGAGGGGAAGGUUGUUAAAAAGCAUAAAACAAAACACAAACAUAAAAACAAGGAGAAGGGGCAGUGUCCCAUCAGCCAAGACAUUAAAAUAAUCAAAACGUUUUCUUUUGAGUUUGAGGACUCUAAACAAAAGCCUGAGAAAGGCUUGAUAAUAGAGACUGAAAAUCCAGUCGAAAACAAGUUGAAAGUGUUAAAGCACGAGCGAGAACACGGAAAGAAGGAGGAAAAGCUCCCCAAGGGUAAAGCGGAGGAGAAGGAAUGGUUGUUUAAAGAUGAGACUGGAAAAUCCUCGAAAGAGGAGAAAUCUUUAAGAAAACUCAAAGAUGGUAGUAAAGACAUGAGCAAAUCCUUCAGAGAAGGAUUAGGUAAAUCCGAAAAAGAGAAACCUGUAAAGGAGAAGUCUCCCAAGGAGGAGAAGCCGAGACUACACAAGGAGGAGAGAAAGAAGAAGUCAAAGGACAAGCAGUCAAAAUCUGAAAAGAAGAACGAGCUGAAGGAGGAGAAGGUUGCUAAACUAGAGAAGGAAAAAUCCUUCAAGGAAGAGAAAGAAAAAUGCAAAAAAGAAAAACUUUACAGGGAUGAGUCCGGCUUCGAUGAGUUUAAUAACAAAAACCAAUUUCCCGAAAGCGAGGACACGAAGUUCAGCCUUUCGGAUGAUCAGCAAGAGAGGUGGUUUUCAGACUUGUCUUCUGAUUCAUCCUUCGAUUUCAAGGGUGAAGAUAGCUGGGAUUCUCCAGUGACGGAUUUCAGGGAGAUUAAAAACGAUACCGUGGCAAAACUCAUCAUAGAACCUGUGAAAGAGGAAAUUAAGGACAAGAAAAAAGAAAACAAAACGAAAGAGAAGAAGGAAUACAACGAGAAGCGUAACGAAAAGGACGCUUUCUUAAAGAAGAAGGAGAGGGACUAUGUGGACAAAAGCUCCGAGAAGAAAAAGGACCAAACGGACAGACACAAGGUUACCCCCAGUUACUUGCCCGAAAAGGAUAAGAAGAGGAAGGAUUCCGCAGAGAGCGAUUCCUCCGAUGGCUCCAAGGAUCGGAAAGACACCAAAGCAAAGCAGGAGGAGCCCUAUCGAGAUGAUUUUAAAGAAUACGGCUGCGAGGCGUUCUUCAAGGAUAAGUCUGACCCCGAGUUCAGCAGUAAGACCCUGGAGAGCUGGGAGAGGCACCAUUCUGGGAAGGAGAAGGAGAAGAAGGAUGCUCCCGAUAAGGAAAAAAAAGAGAAGGUGAAGCCAGAAAAAUACAAGGAAAAAUCCAAAGAAGGCGACAAGGAGAAAAAUGAAAAAGUCGCUCCCGAGAAAAUCCUGAAAGACAAGGAACUAGACAAGAGUUUCAAAGAGAAAAAAGAGACAAAAGAGAAAUACAAAGACCUGCACAGCAAGGACAAGGAAAGGAAGAGUUCUUUCGACCAGGUGAAGGAGAAGAAAGAGAAGAACUUCUCUGCGGAUCGAGAGGACUUCUCCGAGAAGAAGGAUGAGAAGAAAGGCAAGGAGAAGAGCUGGUACAGCAUCGCGGACAUCUUCACGGACGAAAGCGAAGACGAGAGGGUGGAUUACAGCUUGAGCGGGUUCAAAGUCAGCGACUCCGCUGGGAGCGAAACGCACCGGCUGGACAGUCUGCAGGAGAAGGACGACGGCGCGGCCGCCGAGAAGGAGCCGUACCCCGACAAGCACCGCAAGUACUCCUCCGACCGGCAGCAUUCCGGAGAGAAGCAGAAAGAUAAGGACUCCAAGGAGAAGAAGAAAGACAAAGGAACAUCGGAAGGGGGAAAAGAGAAGAAGGAGAAGAGUUCCUUUGAAAAACACAAAGAGAAGAAAGAUAAGGACUCUACGGAGAAGUACAAGGACAGGAAAGACAGAACGUCCGUAGAUUCUACUCAGGAGAAGAAAAACAAGCAGAAGCUCCCGGAAAAGGUUGAAAAGAAACAUGCCAGCGAUGACAAGGUGAAAAGCAAACAUAAGGAGAAGCCGGAUAAAGAGCAUUCCAAAGAGAAAAAGUCUUCAAAAGGAGGGGAGUCGGAGAAGAGCCUGCUGGAGAAAUUGGAGGAGGAGGCUCUGAAUGACUAUAGAGACGACUCCAAUGACAAGAUCAGCGAGAUCUCCUCUGACAGCUUCACGGACAGGGGACAGGAUCCAGGGCUGACCAGCCUCUUUGAGUCUUCUAACCUCUCCCUCACCGAUGCCGCGGAGGAAAAGUUUAAGGACUCUCUCCCUUUACCCUGCCUGCAGGACAAACUCAAGGAGAAGGAGAGACACAGACAUUCCUCAUCCUCAUCCAAGAAAAGUCACGAGAAGGAAAAAGCAAAGAAGGAGAAGACGGAGAAAAAGGAAAAAACCGAGGAAUUCAAAGACUCCAGCAGCAGAAAGGAUUCCACUCACUACGACAAAGAUUUCUCUGUGGAUGGGGAGGCUUUUGGCUCUUGCUACAACAUGAAGGCAGAGCCCGAUGAGGAGCCGGAGAAAAGCAUUGAUUACCUAUUUUCUGAAAAGAAGGAUAAAAACGAUUCCGAAAGGGAGCUGUCGAAGAAGGCGGACAAAGAGAAGACUUACGGUUCCAGUGCCAUCAGCACAGUUAAAGAGAAAAAGAAGCGAGAUAAACACAAGGAGAAAUGGAAGGAGGAAAAGGAAAAGCAUAGAGACAAACAUGCAGAUGGUUUCUUCAAACACCACAAAGACGAGCCAAAGUCAGCGCUUAAAGACAAGGACAGCCCUCAAGUUACCGCCUUCAAAGAGAAAUCGAAGGAGGACAACCUCAAAUUCGGGGAGACCAAACUGAAAGAGAAGCUCAAGGAGAACCAAGAGAAAGACAAAGCGGAGCCAAUCAAAAUAAGCAAUGGGAAUGAAAAAAUAACCCUUUCCAAAGACAGCGGCAAGAAGGAUGCCAGGCCGAGGGAGAAGCUUCUGGGAGAUGGUGAUUUGAUGAUGACCAGCUUUGAGAGGAUGCUGAGCCAGAAGGACCUGGAAAUCGAGGAGCGCCACAAGAGGCACAAAGAGAGAAUGAAGCAAAUGGAGAAAAUGAGACACAGGUCCGGAGAUCCCAAAUUAAAGGACAAGCUUAAAAGCUCGGAAGAUGUGCGCAAGAGGAGCCUGGACCUGGCGACAAAGAAGCCCUUAACGCUGGAUACUCAGCUGAAGGACAAGAAACUGAAAGAAUUGGGUCCACUGACCCCCAUACUGUCACCGGAAAACAAGGCACAGCCUGCUGUUGGGUCAGACUCGAAGGACUGGAUAACGGGUCCUCAGCUGAAGGAGAUCCUCCCCGCGUCUCCCAGGCCGGAUCAGAACCGGCCGACGGGUGUCCCGACCCCCGCAUCCGUCGUCUCCUGUCCCAGCUACGAGGAGGUGAUGCAGACGCCCAGGACUCCUUCCUGCAGCAACGAAGACUACACGGACCUGAUGUUCGAGUGCGCGGACUCGCAGCACUCGCUGCCCGUGUCCACCAUGUCCAUGAACGCCUGUUCCCCAUCCUUCUUCGACAGGUACGCCAACGUUUCCAGCGGGCUGCCCGAGAACCCCGGUCAGACCCCGACUCGUACCAUAGCCUCCACGAACCUGUACCGUUCCAUCUCGGUCGAUAUCAGGAGGGCACCCGAGGAAGAAUUCAGCGUCGGGGAUAAAUUUUUCAGACAGCAGAGCGUCCCGGCAACGUCAAAUUAUGACUCUCCGGUGCAGCAUUUGAUGGAGGAGAAAGUUCCCCUUCCUUCUGUUCCCGCUGAGAAGUUCCAGUGUUUAUCUCCUGGGUAUUACUCGCCAGACUAUGGGGUUUCCUCGCCCAAAGUGGAGGCUUUGCACUGCACGCCCGGAGCCGUCAGCGGCGUCGCCCAGUCGCCCGAAAGCGUCUUUUCUGGUUUACAAGCAAAAUCCUCCCCCUCGCACAGAGACGAAUUGCUGCCGAUUCAUCCUACACCGGUAGCCUUCAUUCCCACCGACACUUCCUACCCCGUUUCUCCCAUCUCUUACCCUCUGUCGGUGUCUGAGCCGGGGCUCGAUGAAGUCAAGGAGGACGCCGAGGAAGCAGUUCCGGGGGAAAUCGCCACCGCGGAAGAGCAGGCGCCGUACAUGUCCCCUACCAGGUUAGACACGUUCUUCAGUAACUGCAAGCCGCUUCCAGAGGAAGCACCCGAGAUACCUCCUGAGCCCCCCUGCAUGCCCGCCGAACCUCAGGCAGAAGUCGUUAGCGCGCCGGAAAACAGCUACGUGGAGAACGGUAACGCCGCGCCGGCGAGUGCGGAGGAGGCGGUGACGUGGCCCGAUCCCUUCACCAACGCAGAAGAUGAGCUGGACCUCGGCCCCUUCUCGCUGCCCGAGCUGCCGCUCCAGCCGAAGGAGGUGGCAGAGGCGGAGAUGCCCGAGGCAGUCGUG